AUGGAAAAGGAAUUAUGUGAGGACAGUGUUGAAUACAAAAUGCAGUUGAAAAGGGUUAAUUUUCCUGAUGAUUCAAAGAAAGGGAAAGAUAAAACAUCUUACUUCUGUGAUAUCUGUGGUAAAUCAUUUUUGCAUAAUCAAUGUUUAAUCACUCACAAACGUAUUCAUACAGGAGAGAAACCAUUUUGCUGUCAUGUCUGUAGUAAAUCAUUCUCUCAAAGCAGCACUUUAAACAGUCACAAACUCAUUCAUACUGGAAAGAAACCAUAUAAAUGUGACAUCUGCGGAAAUGCAUUCUAUGGAAGUAAUGACUUAACUAAACACAAAUGUAUUGUUCAUAGAGGAGAGAAACCAUAUCACUGUGUCUUAUGCAUAUUCCGGUUUCAUCUCAUCUCAUCUUCACCCUCUUAUACCUGA